AUGAGGAUUGAAAGGACCGGAGGCGUUUUUGGUUCGGAUCCAGACCAGCGGAAAGAGAAGACACAACACGAUGGAGGUGCUGAAGCCAAAGAAGAUAUCAAGAAUCAGACACUAGAAGACGACCUCGUCAACAGCACCUCAGGCCCACGAGACCGCCACGGCCAAUACGCAUGGCAACCCUACCCCGUCCACCCCUUCAUCGAGCGCCUAGACUGGGUCCUGGAUAUAUUCUGCAACUUCCGGGGCAUGGGCUGGAACUGGCGCACCACCGCCCUGCCCCCACCUCCCAAACCCAUCCAGAUCCAACUCGAUAGCAACUCCAAGUCCACCGUCCCAAAGCACACCUACAAAACCCACGCGGGCCAAGUAGCACAAUUCACAAACCGGCGCUCCCUCCUGCGGCAAAACACCUGGCGCCUACUCAAAGGCUACCUAGUCCUCGACUUGCUAAAAACAACAAUGAUACCCAGAAAGAACAAGACACAGUUCUUCAAGAACGUAUGCCCUGUCUUCCAAUUAGUCUUCUAA